CUGGCUAUCGAUCUAUUGAACCCCUCUGCAGAACAUGAGCGCAAGCAGCAUAAACUCAAGCGUCUCGUCCAAUCCCCCGAUUCUUAUUUCAUGGAUGUGAAAUGCCCAGGAUGCUUUGCUAUCACUACUGUGUUCUCCCAUGCACAAUCAGUUGUGCUUUGCGGCUCGUGUUCGAGUGUCCUUUGCCAACCUACGGGUGGUAAGGCGAGACUAACUGAGGGUAUUUCAUUCCGUCGGAAGAAUUAG